AUGGCGGACGCUCAGAACGAUGCGCCUGCUACUGCGCCUUUCAAGGCCGUCCAAGUCGAGGCUCUGGUAAUUAUGAAGAUCGCCAAGCACUGCUCCUCGGCUUUCCCUUCUGUUGCGACCGGAGCUAUUGUUGGAAUGGAGAGUGAAGGUCUCCUUGAAGUCACCAACACCUUCCCUUUCCCUACUGUCGACCCCGCUACAACCGAUGGCCACCAGAGCGAUGCUUCGCAGCUCGCCGCUGCUGCUCCCCGACAGCAGAAGAACAUCACCUACCAAAACGAGAUGAUCCGACACCUCAAGGAGGUCAACGUCGAUGCCAACAACGUUGGUUGGUACACAAGUGCCACCAUGGGCAACUUUGUCAACAUGAACUUUGUUGAGAACCAGUUCCACUACCAAAGCGCCAACGAGAACGCCGUCGCCCUCGUUUACGAUGCCAGCAAGAGUUCUCAGGGCAACCUGACCUUCCGAGCUUUCCGUCUGUCUCCUGCUUUCAUGAGCGCCUACAAGGAGGGCAAGUUCACAACUGAGAUCUUGCAAAAGUCCAAGCUCACCUUCAAGGACAUCCUCGCCGAGGUCUCUGUCAGCGUCCACAACUCUCACCUCCUCACAACGUUCCUUCACCAGAUCCCCUCCGCUCCCGUCAAGGGUGCCAUCGAGCAGCCCACAUCGCUCGAUGACCUCCACCGUAACGCUCUCGAGCCUCCUCUGUACCCCUCGAUCGACAACCUCGACCUUGCGAUCGACCCCUUCCUCGAGAAGACCUGCGAUCUCCUCCUCGAGAGCAUCGAGUCACACUACACCGACCUCAACAACUUCCAAUACUACCAGCGACAACUCGGUCGUGAGCAGACCAAGAUCACACAAUGGCAGGCCAAGCGCAAGGCUGAGAACGCCCAGCGUGCUGCUGCCAAGCAGGAGCCUCUUCCCGAGGAUGAGUGGCAACGACUGUUCAAGCUUCCUCAGGAGCCCAGCCGACUGGAGGGUAUGCUGAAUGCCAAGCAGGUGGAGCAAUACAGCAAGCAGGUGGAUGGAUUCACAGCCAACGUCAGUGCCAAGAUGUUUGCUGUGCGGGAGGACCUGAUGCCCAAAUAG